UGGACCUUAACUGUCGCAAGAAAAAAAGGGCCACAGUACACCCACAGCUCAUCUCCAUGCCCCUUUAAUUGACACCGGCCACUUGAAAGUUGAAACCUGCGUAUUUCUACCAAUUUUUAUUUAUUUAUGCUGUGUUGCGAAUCUUGCGAUUCCAAGAGUGAAGAAUAUGAAUAAUAAGGUUGUAAUAGUGGAUGAGAAAUUCUGCUUCCCUGAAGAGACCCAUCUCACAGUCCACAAGACCUCAGUGUUCUUCCCCGGUGAUGGCUUCAUCGUCUACGAUCUCCACGGAGAGGUUCUGUACCGCUUCGAUUCGUAUGGUCCCGAAUCAACACCCAAAGAUGAACUUGUUCUCAUGGAUUCUUCUGGAAAAUGCCUCCUCACUCUUCUUCGAAAGAAACCAAGCCUUCAUCAACGUUGGGAAGGAUACAUAGGGGAGAAAGCAGAACAUCAGGAACCAAUUUUCAGUCUAUGCAGAUCAUCCAUAAUCAGACGGUCGGGCCUGGUUGUAGAGGUUCACGGUGAUCCUGAAGAGGAGUAUCACAUCGAGGGCUCUUUCACCCAUCGAUGCUGUAAAAUGAUGGACAACUCAUCUAGGGAUCCUGUGGUUGAGAUCAAACGAAAAGUGGACCCCUCAACUAAUGUGAUGCUUGGGAAGGAUGUCUUUUUGUUGUGUCUCAAGCCUGGCUUUGAUAGUGCUUUCGCUAUGGGAUUGGUGCUUAUUCUUGAUCAAAUGCACGGUGAUGAUGCUGAUGAUGUUGCACAGGAGGUGGAUCCUGCCGUAGAGGAUCCAAUUCCACCCUCCUGAUUUUCUUCUUCUUUUUUUUUUUUUUUUGGGUGGGUGUGUUUUCCAAGUUAAAUUAUGGUCUAUCAUUUGGAUGUGCUCGUUGUUCUCAUUUAUUGUUAUUUUUGGCUUUUGUUUUC